AUGCUGAGAUUGAAAAAAGUCUGUACACGACUCUUUGGACUCUACCGCUACCUCAGAUCCGUCAUCUACCCUUGCAUCACUCCAUUUGAAUUGUACCAGGCUUCGAGAAUCCUCGAUGAUACCGAUCAAGCUGCAGAGCGCGACGUGCCAGAAUGGGAUGAUAUUGCGAGUGUCUAUCUCAGUCUGAAAAUCGAGGCCUCUCAGAUCCGCGAGAAAAGUCUCCAAGGCUCGUCUUGGAAGACAUGUCUCGGUUUCCACCCAGCACUGAUGUUCGAUAUUACUUGUUGUUAUACCAGAUGUGAGGAACUGAAGUGUAGGAUCCUCACCGCCCACGAACGAAACCUCCGAAGUCACCUUGGGGCAGAACAAUAUCGACGGCAGUUCUCGACCGCGACGAGGUUGUCACCUCAAACUGCAUUCUUCGCAUCUGCUUAUGAAAGCCCGUUUCGUUCACUUGUAUAG